CCCGGCAUGCUGUGCGCGGGGGGGGUUUAAGAACUACGCUUCCCAGGGUGCGCCGCGAGCGAGAGUCGUGGGGGCAAGAUGGCUCCCGUGGAGCAUGUCGUCGCUGAUGCUGGCGCUUUCCUUCGGGGAGCCCCGCUGCAGGAGAUCGGCAGGAAUAUCUACACGAUCCGCGAGGUGGUGACGGAGAUCCGCGACAAGGAGACCAGGCGGCGCCUGGCCGUGCUGCCCUACCCGCUCCACUUCAAGCAGCCCUUCCCGGAGUACGUCCGGCUUGUGACGGAGUUUUCCAAGAAAACUGGGGACUAUCCCAGCCUUUCAGCCACAGAUAUCCAAGUCCUGGCUCUGACCUACCAACUGGAAGCAGAGAACGUGGGUGUGGCUCACCUGAAGAAAGAGCCAGAACAAAAGGUGAAACUCAGCUCGACGAACCAGCACCCUGAGGCCCCUGUGCAUGUGGCCGGCUUCCACCUCCCUUCCAAGAGCAAGCACCCAGGAGGCCAAGAGUGCCCCUCAGCCGUGGAGAGCAGAGAACACCCAGACCCGGGAGGCCCCGAAGACAGCUCACAGUUUGGCUCCUUCCUGUUCUGGAGGACUCCUCUGCCCAGCAUCGAGGAGGACCUGCAGGACCUGCUGAAAGCCGAUGCUGUCCUUGUUGAGCCUGAGGCCCCCAAAGGCCAGGAAAGUGACGAGGAGGAGGAGGAGGAGGAGGGGGGGUGGAUCACGCCCAGCAAUAUCAAGCAGAUCCAGCAGGACCUGGCCCAGGGUGACGAGCCUGCUGGCGUGCAGGUUGGCUGCGUGACCACCGACUUCGCCAUGCAGAACGUCCUGCUGCAGAUGGGACUGCAUGUCUUGGCCGUGAACGGGCUGCUGAUCCGCCAUGCCCGCAGCUACAUCCUGCACUGCCACGGCUGCUUCCGGACCUCGUCGGAAAUGACGCGGCUCUUCUGCCCCCACUGCGGGAACAAGACGCUGAAGAAGGUGGCGGUGACAGUGGCCGGUGACGGCAGCCUCCAGAUGCAUUUUUCCCGCAACCCCAAGGUCUUGAGCCCCCGCGGACUCCGGUACUCCCUCCCUGCUCCCCAAGGCGGCAAGCAUGCCAGCAACCCUCACCUGACCGAAGACCAGCACUUCCCCCAGCAACGGCUCUCCCGCAAGGCCAGGCAGAAGACCAACGUCUUCGACCCAGAUUACGCUGCGGGAGUGUCUCCGUUCGUGGAAAACGACAUCUACAGCCGGGCAGCCAGCCUGCAGAUCCGGGAUGCGGCGCUGGGCGCAGGCAGGAGGCGCCUGAACCCCAACACGGCCACCAAGAAGUUUGUGAGAAAGAGGUGAAGUGGGGCUGGCAGCCCCCCGUGGCCAGCAGCUGUCCGGGCUGUGAACGGAGACAGGACCCGGAGGGCAGUGGGCAGCAUCUCUGCGGAAGCAAGGCCGGGGGUGGCUGGGUGGUCUGGAAAAGGAACACUUGCCCGGGGCAGCAUGUGGCACGUACGGAAGCUCUUUUCCGUGCAGAGAGACUGGACAGAUGGGGUGUUCUAAUAAACCAGUGAUUUUUUAACUCUG